CUCUUGCCCGGCGCUCUAUCCUGGGACUCUUUCCCGGGGCUCUAUCCCAGGGCCCUCCGCCGGGGAUUUUUGCCGAGGCUCUUUGCCAGGGCUCUCGGAGGGCUUGGCGGCGGCCGCGGGCGCUGCGAGGCGGCGGCGAGACACCUCCGCCAUGUCCGGGGGAGGCACCGCCGACUGCGGGCUGCAGCCGUUUCAGGAGGGGCUGCAGGAAGCAAUUUCUGAUUAUGCAACAAGCAAGGAAAGAGAUCAAUAUUCAGACGACUUUGAAAGUGAUGAAGAUGGCAUGUUAAAUGAUAUUGGGAAAGAACUUGCUGAAAGUAAUUCAGGUUCUACUGGCACUGAGAGAUCUGUAGCUGGGAGUCCUCUCUUGAAUGACGAUGCUUCACAAGAAGCAGUAGAUUUGGAAAAUGAAGCUGCUGAUGACUUGAAUUUAUCCUUUCAUGUAAAGAAGCUUCAGCAAAUAAUGGUUUUAGAUGGUGAAAACAUACAGAAUGACAGAAAAGAUGGCAAAGAAGGAUGUGUGCAAGGUCAAAAUGAGGAUAAUUUCAGAAAAAAUAAUGAAGAAGUACUGUGUGAUAAUAGUGAAAGUGAUGACUUGCCUAUUAAUGAACAACAUCAAAAAAGAAAUCAAGAGGAAAACCAACCAAAAUCAAAGCCUAGGAUGCACGAAAACGGAAAUGCUUCAGCAUCAGAUCAAAAUCAGAAUACUGUCAGCACCAGUGACCUGAAACUGGAGGACAAUGGUAGGAAAUCCCCUUCUGUUGACAGUUCAGAUGGAAUGAUGAAAAUAGCAGAAGAGCAAAUAAUAACUGAUACAAUGCAGGAAGUGUCAGUGAAUGAUGAAUCUGAUCAUGGGGAGGCAAAGAACAUGUCCAAGAACUCUGUCAAGAAACUAAGUGAAACAAAGGAGAGUGUUCUACAAAACCCAAAAGCGUCUUUAUCUGACAGGUCUACAACUUUUGUUCAUUUAAAGAGAAGGGGGAAAGCUGUUCCACCAACUUCACCUGUUUCAUCUCAGUAUCUCGGAUCAUUUAAGAUGUUGGAGGAUAAAAGCGUGCAGAAGAAAAGUCCAGAAUUCGACAAAGUAGAUAAUUUAAGAGCAGCUGUUUUUCAGAGCUGGUUGGAAAAGAAAAAGCUCCUUGUACUGGAAUUAAAGAGAAGUGAAAAAGAGAAAGCUGAAAUUCUAAGGAACAAUACUGAAAAGAAAGAAGCACUUAAAAGAGAAGAGUCAAUUGCAUGUUAUGAAGCCUGGAAAAAAAAGAAAGAGAAAGAAGCAAAGAAGUUAAGAGAAAAAAAAAAGCUUGAGGAACUUGAGGAAAAGAAACCAGAAGAACAGAAUAAGGAAAAAACAGAAGCAGCAGAAGCGGCAUUCAAAAAAUGGAAAGAAAGAAAAGUGGAAUAUUUAAGAGAGCAAAGCAGGAAGGAAAAACAUUCUGAAAGAAUGAGGAAGAUGAGAGAAGAGGAUCUAGUUGCAGAGAAGAGGAGAGUCAGUGUAUCAGCAGUUGAAAAAUGGAAUGAAAAGAAGGAAGAAUACAUAAAAAAGAAGAAAGUGGAAAAAUUCCGAGAGAAAAGAAAGCGAGAAAUGCAGCAGGCCAAGGAGGAAGAAAAAAGUGAAAAGGCUCUGGAGGAAUAUGAAAAAUGGCUGGAAAACAAAAUGAGGAGAGAACAGCUUGAGAAGAACCAAAAGAAGUUGCAGGCUGUCCGUGGGAAUGAAGUGAGUCCUCCCUGGAGGCCACCUGGCAAAGUCACAUAUUCUAGUAAUUACUGAGCAGUUUAUUGCUUUCCAGAAGAACAGAUAGUCUACAAAGUUCUGUCAAUGGCCAGUAACUCUCUUGUUAUCAGCUGAUUUUUACUGAAACAUUAUAGGUGUUUCGUUCGUUCUUUGUAGUUUAUUUGAUCAGUGCAGUUUAAAUAAGCCUGUUACUCAUUUGCAUUGCUUUAGAAAAUGUAAUAACUUUUCUAAUUCUACAUUUAAUUUAGUUUUGCUAAAUUCCAUGUUACGUCGUACCUUUUUGGUGAAAAUUUAUAUCCAGGAUACAUAAAGCUGGACUCUGGUAUUUUUUUUUCACUAAGUAAGUAGCAGAAUGGUUAUUUUUUAAGUUACUAGACCACACUCUUGAGGAGUUAAUUCUUGAAGAAAUUAUAUGAGGAGGCUGUGGUGUAAGGAUGAUGGGUAAGGAAAUGUUGGCUGUCUUGUAGUGGUAGAUGACAAAAGACUAAGGAGUAUGGAAGCAGAAUGUGAUUUUCAUACAUUGAUAUACAAGAUACAGAGAAAAUAUGUAAUGCAUAUUUGCAGAUAUGUGAAUACAGGGUUUUCAUAAGCUCCAGGUCUGGUUCUGGCUGUUCCCUCAUAACAGACCAGGCAUUUUUUCCAAAGUUGAGGAGAAAAGAGAAAAUUUACUGCCAGCAGAAACUUUUCAAGAAGCUGAGAAGAUGCCCAGCCAGAGCAGCUUCAGUAGCCUACAUAAGAGGUAGAGUAAAAUUACAGGCAGCAGCAGGAGAGAUGAGGAAGUGCAGCCCCAGCAGAAUGCAACAGAAUUGCCAAUUCAAAAGUGGCCCACCUGGAUUUUAUGAGAAAAUACUGAACUGCUUCCGGGCUUCAGAUUGGGGUGGUGGUAUGCAUCAUUGGUGCUCUGGGCUUUUAGCACUUGGAGCCUUGAAUUUGGGUUUAGUUCGUUAAGAAACUCCAAGUGUAGUAUCAUGAGAAGAUGAAAAUUGUAACACGCACAGAGUUUAGAGCAGACCUGGAGAGUCUGAGACAAGGCAGCCUGUACGGAAGGGAUCAUCUAGAUCUUUAUUUUUGCAUUGUCCAGCUAGAGGAAGCAAGGAAGGUCCCUAUGCUGACAGGCUGUACUUGAGGGAUGGAAAUGAGAAAUGUGGUAGAAUUAGUGGCAGAGAUAGAAAAGAGUUUGUCAGGUGCCUGUUCCUGAACUAAAUGCUGUGUCCUUACUGACUUUAAGCCUUUCUAUAAAUGGAUAGAAGGUUUUGACAGAAGACAGAAGGGAGAAGAUGCUGGUGACACCUUUCAGAAGAAUGAGGAGUAGCUCACAAAUUCACAACUUCUCAAUUAGGAAAAGAUGCUGAAGUCUGUAGACAAGGGAAAACAGCUGAUAUGUUUAACUUUCACAGUAAAAUUUUGUGAGCUUUAUUUAUUGUUAUAUUGUAAAAAUUUGGACAUGUUACGGUGUAAUACAAAUGUCAUAGAAGUAUUAGAACUGAGAAAUAUAAACAUAUGUACAUUAGUGUAUAAGAAUAUAUAUAUAUCUGUAUAGAUCCUAUCUAUAUGUUAUUGAUGGCA